AUGAGCGGCGUCAAGAAAAUGGAGGAUGAGGCGGUGCUGGACCGGGGGGCGUCCUUCCUCAAACACGUCUGUGAUGAGGAGGAGGUGGAAGGUCACCACACCAUCUACAUUGGUGUGCAUGUGCCGAAGAGUUACAGGCGCCGGAGGCGUCAUCGUCGGAGAGCGGGCCAUAAGGAGCGCUCAGUGGUGCAGAAAGCCACAGAGAAUGCCUCAGACAAGUCAGAUGUGGAGAACAAUGACGAGACUGGCCACGGCAUCCUCAAACCACUUAUCUCACCGGCCGCCGAGCGUAUCCGCUUCAUCCUGGGUGAGGAUGAUGAUGGUCCAGCUCCUCCGCAGCUCUUCACUGAGUUGGACGAGCUCCUCUCUGUGGAUGGACAGGAGAUGGAGUGGAAAGAAACAGCCAGGUGGAUCAAGUUUGAAGAGAAGGUGGAGAAGGGUGGAGAGAGGUGGAGUAAACCGCAUGUUGCCACCCUCUCCCUGCACAGCCUCUUUGAGCUCAGGACCUGUAUAGAGAAAGGAACCAUCAUGUUGGACCUGGAAGCAACCACAUUGCCUCAAGUCGUGGAGACAAUAAUAGAUAGUCAGAUAGACAGUGGUUUGCUGAAGGCUGACCUAAAGGAGAAAGUGAUGUACACGUUGCUGAGGAAACACCGUCACCAGACCAAGAAGUCCAACCUGCGUUCACUGGCUGACAUUGGGAAGACAGUCUCCAGUGCAAGUAGGCUGUUUUCCAGCACAGACAAUGGUAGCCCAACAACUACGCCCCGGAAUCUCACGUCCAGUAGCUUGAACGACAUCUCCGACAAGCCAGAGAAAGACCAAUUGAAGAACAAGUUCAUGAAGAAGUUGCCGAGAGACGCAGAGGCCUCUAACGUGCUGGUGGGUGAGGUGGACUUCUUGGACGCCCCAUUUGUGGCAUUUGUGAGACUGCAGCAGGCAGUUAUGCUGGGAGCUCUCACCGAAGUCCCAGUUCCCACCAGAUUCCUGUUUAUUCUGCUUGGGCCUAAAGGCAAAGCCAAAUCAUAUCAUGAAAUUGGGAGAGCUAUAGCAACGCUUAUGUCUGAUGAGGUCUUCCAUGACAUAGCCUACAAAGCCAAGGACAGGCAGGAUCUGUUGGCUGGCAUUGAUGAGUUUUUGGAUGAGGUGAUUGUUCUUCCCCCUGGGGAGUGGGACCCUGCUAUAAGGAUAGAACCUCCCAAGUCCCUGCCGUCUUCAGACAAAAGGAAGAACAUGUAUGCUGGAGGGGACAAUACACAGAUGAAUGGGGACACACCUCAUGAGGGGGGACAUGGAGGAGGGGGCCACCACGUGGGCGAUGAACUGAAGAGGACAGGGAGGUUUUGUGGAGGCCUUAUACUUGAUAUCAAGCGGAAAGCACCAUUUUUCGCGAGUGAUUUCUAUGAUGCUCUGCAUAUCCAGUCUCUGUCUGCCAUUCUGUUCAUUUACCUUGGCACUGUGACCAACGCCAUCACGUUUGGGGGACUGCUUGGGGAUGCUACGGACAACAUGCAGGGGGUGUUGGAGAGUUUUCUGGGCACAGCAGUGUCUGGUGCAGUCUUCUGUCUGCUGGCUGGACAGCCCCUUACCAUCCUCAGUAGCACUGGUCCUGUGCUGGUCUUUGAGAGACUCCUCUUCAAUUUCAGCAGGGACAACUCGUUUGACUACCUGGAGUUUCGGCUGUGGAUCGGUCUAUGGUCGGCCUUCUUCUGCCUAGUCCUGGUGGCAACUGAUGCCAGUUUCCUGGUUCAGUAUUUCACCCGUUUCACAGAAGAAGGCUUCUCCUGUCUCAUCAGCUUCAUCUUCAUCUACGACUCUUUCAAGAAGAUGCUGAAGCUGGCCCACUAUUAUCCCAUCAACUCCAACUAUAAGGUCGAUUACGUCACCCAGUACGACUGUAUGUGUAUGGCGCCCAGUAUAGGUUUUGUUUCUCUUGCUCACCAUAACACGCCUGUAAUGUUUGUUUGUCUUGUUCACCAUAACGCGCCUGUUGUUGGCUGUCUGCAGCCGUUGAACGCUACAUGGUCGUCUCUGUCAAAGAAAGAGUGUCUGAAAUACGGCGGAGAGCUGGUGGGUGAGGCCUGUGAAUAUGUGCCAGACAUCACUCUCAUGUCCUUCAUCCUGUUCUUUGGCACCUACACCUGUUCCAUGUGUCUGAAAAAGUUUAAGACCAGUCCCUUCUUCCCCACCACUGUGAGGAAACUCAUCAGUGACUUUGCUAUUAUCCUGGCCAUUCUGAUCUUCUGUGGCGUUGAUGCUCUGGUGGGAGUGGACACACCAAAACUCAUUGUGCCAAGUGAAUUUAAGCCAACGAGCCCCAACCGUGGCUGGUUUGUGCCCCCGUUCGGAGGCAACCCGUGGUGGGUGUACUUGGCAUCGGCCCUGCCUGCCCUGCUUGUCACCAUCCUGCUCUUCAUGGAUCAGCAGAUCACCGCUGUCAUCGUCAACCGUAAAGAGCACAAGCUGAAGAAAGGGGCAGGGUAUCACCUGGAUUUGUUCUGGGUGUCUGUUCUCAUGAUUGUCUGCUCCUUCAUGGGCCUGCCGUGGUAUGUGGCUGCCACAGUCAUCUCCAUUGCUCACAUUGACAGCUUAAAGAUGGAGACAGAGACGUCCGCCCCAGGAGAACAACCCAAAUUUCUGGGUGUCAGAGAGCAGCGAGUCACUGGAGUCUUUGUGUUUAUCCUGACUGGACUCUCUGUUUUCAUGUCCCCAAUUCUCAAGUUCAUCCCCAUGCCUGUGCUGUAUGGAGUCUUCCUCUACAUGGGCGUGGCUUCACUCAAUGGAGUGCAGUUUAUGGAUCGCCUUAAGCUCCUGCUCAUGCCAGCCAAGCAUCAGCCUGACCUCAUCUACUUGCGCCAUGUUCCCCUGAGGAAGAUUCACCUCUUCACCUUCAUCCAGGUGCUCUGCCUGGCCCUUCUCUGGAUCCUCAAAUCCACCGUGGCCGCCAUCAUCUUCCCUGUCAUGAUCCUGGCCCUGGUAGCAGUGAGGAAGGCCAUGGACUAUGUCUUCUCUCAACAUGACCUCAGCUUCCUUGAUGAUGUCAUUCCCGAGAAAGACAAGAAGAAGAAGGAGGAUGAGAAGAAAAAGAAGAAAAAGAAGAGAGGGAGUGAAGACAGUGAUAAUGAUGAUGACAAAACCCCUUGUCUUUCCUUGAACGACACACAUCAUGCUAAGAAGCUGCAGUACUACCAGGAUAGUCCAAUGUCAAGUCCCGAGAGACAGCCAUUAAACGUGCCUCAGAUUCGAAUAAGCAUGGACCCAGAUGACAACGCUUUCUACUGGAGGAGCCGGGGCUCGGAAACCUCUCUGUAG